GUGGAAAGCGGCCAUGUCUGUGAAUAUGGACGAACUCAGGCAUCAGGUGAUGAUCAAUCAGUUUGUUUUGACGGCCGGCUGCGCCGCGGAUCAGGCGAAGCAGCUUCUCCAGGCGGCCCACUGGCAGUUUGAGACGGCUUUAAGCUCCUUUUUCCAGGAGGCGAACAUCCCCAGUCACCACCACCAGAUGAUGUGUACUCCCAGAAACACUCCCGCCACACCGCCCAACUUCCCCGACGCCAUCACCAUGUUCUCCAAACUGCGGGCAUCUGAGUGCAGCUCCGGCGCCGGCAGCGGCCCCUCCCAGGUGUCCAUGGCCUGCUCCCCCCCGGGUUUCAGCUCCUUCUGGGCUUCCUCGCCACCCAGCCAGCAGCCGGUCUGGCUGCCCUCCUCGUCGCCCACCGGCCACCACGUGCACCACCACCAUUACCACAUGCAACAGACUCCCAUGUGGCCCCCUGUGUCUCAGUCCAGCGGCUCCCAGCAGCCCCCCGUCGUAUCGGCGCUCCACGGCCAGAGAUGAGACUGUGCAGUGGGGCUGCGACAGGGAGGGAGGGAGGCCUGGGCGGCCGGUUCACGUGUAGCCAAAUGAAUCUGUUUUGGGAGCAGGAGGGUGGGGGGGGUCAUCAG